CCUACCUGCCAUCGUCGUUGUGUUUAUAGUCACGGGUCGGUCCCUGCUGAAUUUUAAUUCUCUGCUAAAUAUCCUGUGGAAAGCGUGCAAAGCCACGCCGAGCAGCGGCUUAUUACAUGAUUUAAGCAGAGACGCUGAUCGAAAAGUUACCCCGUAGGAAACGUCAAAAUGGCUUGGCGUUUUAAAGCAUCCAAGUAUAAAAAUGCGGCCCCGAUCGUUCCCAAGCCGGAGGCCUGCAUCAGGGAUAUCUCAGUUGGUUCCUAUCAAACUUAUGGCAAUAACAUUACGGCAUCAGCUGCUUUCAUGGCAUUUAACGUAGACCACAAUGGAUCUAAUCUUGCUGUACUACCGUUGGAGGACUACGGCAGGAAGAGCAAAACUAUGCCUUUACUCCAUGCUCAUGCGGACACAGUGACAGACAUGGAUUUCUCUCCCUUUCACGAUGGUUUAUUGGCCACCGGUUCACAAGAUUGUCUUGUGAAGCUAUGGCACAUCCCGGAAGCUGGCUUGGAGGAACCUCUAGUCAAUCCUGAAUGCACGUUCUCUCAUCGUCAAAGAAGAGUGGAAGUGGUAUGCUGGCAUCCUUCAGCUGAACAUCUUCUCACAACAGUGUCGUACAUGAACCUCUCAUUGUGGGAUGUGCUUUCGCAACAGGAAUUGUUUUCUAAUAAUGAACACGGGGAUGUUAUUCAAUCAUUAAGCUGGAAACAGGACGGUGUGCUCUUGGCUACAUCUUGCAAGGACAAACAAGUGAGGAUCAUAGAUCCCCGUGCUUCCACUUGCAUUGUCAAUUCCUGUUCCAGUCACCAGAGCAUCAAGGAUUCUAGGAUCGUUUGGUUGAACAGUGAUAGAAUACUCACCACGGGAUUCGACGCUGCGAGACUGAGACAAGUUUAUAUCAGAGAUCUGAGGCAUCUGAACGAACCAGUGAAGACUUUAGAACUGGACUGUAGCACAGGGAUUCUGAUGCCUCUCUUUGAUCCUGACACAAACAUGCUUUUCCUAGCUGGAAAAGGGGACACUACCAUUAUGUACAUGGAAGUAAUGGACAAAGAUCCGUUCUUAGUCGAAGGAAUUCGCCACAGCGGUGAACAAACAAAAGGUGUUUGCUUGGUACCGAAGCGAGCACUGAACGUGAUGCAGGCCGAGGUAAAUAGAUUACUGCAGCUCACCUCGAACAUGGUGAUACCGAUUAUGUAUCAAGUUCCGCGAAAAACAUACAGGGAUUUCCAUGCGGACAUAUAUCCUGAUACAGUAGGUUGUAUCGCGCAGAAUAACGCAGCAGCCUGGGUCAAAGGGCAUAAUGCACCUGUUCCGAAGAUAUCGUUAGACCCCGCGAAGAGAAAUAAGGGAGAGGAACCCAUUACCGUACACAAAGGAAACUUAGUCACGCUGAAAGAGAAUGAACGAGAGAUAAAAGUGGAGCAGAAACAGUCAAAGCCUAUACCCAUCGUCUCGCAGAAGGCUCACGUUAAAACUGCACAAGAGAUGAUCGAGAAAGAACCGAUUCUGGCCGAGAAUGAUAUCGAGAAGAUAGAAGAACCGAAGAAGAUCGAGAUCGAGGACGAGAAGAACAAGCAAAACGGCGGACAAACGAUUCCGCCGAAACCAUUGCCAAGGUCGUCAAGAACUAAUAGCAUUUCUGAGGAUGAACCGAAGCCAGUCGCACGCCCCCGCACAUCGCCGAGCGUGGGCUCAGUGGUUACAUCCGUGAACCCUAAUGCGAUUGGGGGAUACAAGCCGCGACUUGGACCGAAACCAUUUCAAGCAAAGUCUGGUAGCCAGGAAUUUUCUUUCGACAAAAUCUUCUCGGUUCCUGUUGCGCCAAACAGCGAUACGAAUGGCUAUCAGAACGAUGUGAACAAUCAAGUUGAUAAUAACACGGAACCAGAAAAAUCGUCGUCGUUUAAUAACGAACGCGUGAAGGAAACGGAGAAUGGGAAGAGCGACUCUAGUUCCCUCGAAGAGGACGCGUAUUCGAGCGACUCCGGUUACAAGCCGAAAACACCGAGCACGGCAGAGAGGCGUAAAGUCUUCGAGAUAAAAGUGAAAGAUGAAUCGCCCGAAAGCGAAGAUCUUGGAAAUUUCGAACGGGGUGGCGCAAACAGAAAUUCGAUCGCUGAAAGGAGGAGGCUGUACGAGAGUCGUUCAGUGUCCGUCACCGAUGGGAACUUGGCCGAGAAAGCAAUGGGGUCGCCGACGAUGCUGAGACGCAGAGAUUCUUUCAAAACCAAAAGCGAAGUGAUCAAGGAGGACGAAGUCAAGAAAGUCAUCUCAAUGUUACGUCAGCAGAGCGUGGAUCCACGAUUAGAGAAGGUGGACAAUACUGUGACGCCAGCGCCCAAGAGAACAUCGACUGUGUUUGGUAGAGUAUCAAAAUUCCGGCACUUAAAGGGUACUCCUGGUCAUAAAUCUACGCACAUUGAAAAUAUAAAAAAUAUCAGUCAACAGAUAUCCGGAGAAUGCGACGGUUUCCACGCUAAUCCCGAUCGAGUCGCGGUACCGCUGAGUGGACCAGGUGGCAAGAUAGCGGUUCUCGAAUUGAAGAAAACGGGAAGAUUACCGGACGGUGUUAUGCCAGCGUUGGUACACGGUGCCAGUGUAAUGGAUUUCCAUUGGGAUCCGUUCGAUAAUCAGCGAUUAGCUGUCGCGUGCGAUGAUGGAAUGAUCCGGCUAUGGGAGAUACCAGAAUCCGGACUAACAGAACCGACGAACGAACCAAAGCAUAUUAUAAAAGCUCACACCGACAAGAUAUACUUAAUCAAAUUUCAUCCACUCGCGUCGGACGUUCUUGCUUCGGCCUCUUACGACAUGACCAUCAAAAUUUGGGAUCUAACUCUUCUCUCAUCUUGCGAGACGGCAGUCGCGAAGAUAACACUGAUGGGCCACACCGAUCAGAUCUUCAGCUUGGCGUGGUCACCGUGCGGUCAAUAUCUUGCUAGCGCGUGCAAAGAUGGAAAAUUGCGGAUCUACAAACCAAGAUCCAGCGACGUACCAGUGAAAACUGGUAAAGGACCAGUUGGUACCAGGGGCGCGCGGGUUGUGUGGGCAUUAAAAGGACAAUUUCUCGUUGUGAUGGGCUUCGACAAGGUUUCGGAGAGACAAAUAUACGUGUUCAAGGCAGACAAUCUUAACACUCCGCUGACUACCGUCGGAUUAGACGUAUCGCCCGCAAUUUUAAUGCCAUACUACGACGAGGACAGUUCGACCCUUUUUUUAACCGGACGCGGUGAUUCGACGAUAUAUGCUUUUGAAGUGACGGAAGAACCGCCGUACUGUUGUCCACUUAGUCAUCAUCGAUGUAGCAGUUUGCAUCAGGGUUUGUCGUUUCUUCCUAAAAAUAAGUGCGACGUUGCUAGCGUGGAGUUCGCGUCGGCUUUAAGAUUAACGAACAAUACAAUAGAACCGUUGAGUUUCACUGUCCCGCGUAUAAAGAGCGAACUAUUCCAAGACGACUUGUUUCCACCGACAAAAGUUACAUGGAAGCCAACUAUGACUGCUACAGAAUGGCUUAACGGAGCUAACAAGCAGGCAUACAGAAUAAGUCUAAAACCACCUGGCAUGGACAAUUUAACUGAGAAUCAAGGCCAAGCAGUGGUCGCUCCACCGGUCGCAGUGAAGAAAGAAUCGACUACUGAGAAAUCGUUGUUCUCUAUGUCUGCUCAACCUUUCAGCAGACUCGGAUGGAAUCCUGACGUGAAAGCUAAACAGGAAGAGAUGCAGAAAACUAUGAGCAACUUUGUGGGAGAUAUAAUUGAGGGCACCUUAGAACAGGAUCAAAUGGAAGGUGUAGACGAGCACGAAUGGGAUGAGUGAAGAUCGUGCGGCGUCGGUAGGUCAUGAAAAUACAGCGGUAAGAUAAAAUAAUUUUAAACGUAGCUGUUUGAAACAUAAUUUAUUUGUAAGUUGAAGGCUACGGCAUAAGCGGAAGUAUUUCGGUAUUAACGUCGUCCGCGGUAAGAGAUAUUUAUAAUUGGAAUGAUACUUCUAAAAGAAUUCCCAUUCAGAGCGGCUAACGAUACGUGUGCGAUUUGUUUAAUGGUGGUAAUUUUUUCACUUAGAUAUAAUUACCUAGUUUGUUAACUUAAGAAAUUUAAAAAAAAGAGAUGCAGUUCUUACGCAAACUAAUUUCCGCUCGAUUCUAUUAUUUGUUUCAUUGGCAUAGAUAAUUAUGUAGGAUAAUUAUCGUAAAAAGACGAAAAUAGUUUCGAGCUUUAUUAUCAUUCUAAAGGAAUUGUGGAACUUUGAGAUUAUCGGUCCCCAAGUUAGCGUUGAGUAAAAAUGAGUCUACUCUAUAAUUCCGUACUCUUACUUUUAAGAUUUGAAAAUGCUUUAAGAUAUGCCAUUUAUUAAUCGCAUAUAAGAAUCUAUACAAGAAAUUUCUGCGAGAAAUAAUAUGAUUUAUAAGACACGUAUAUAUCUAUUAGUGCCACGUAUCUUUAUUUAACAUUAUCAAUGAUAUCUUAGUCUAUACAUUAUCGUAAUGUAAACAUCAUACGUGUGGUAACGAAUGAUAUUUUUUUCAUGAAUCAAGAAUAGACGUUUUUUUUUACGAUACAUAGUAAAAACAUACAAGACGCACAUGCUACGUAAGGCAAACGUGAAGUUACACGUACUAAUUAAGAAGAGAACGAUUACGUUAUACGGCGAAGUUAUGCACACGGUAACUGUACGUUUUCCACGAUUUGGCUGGUAAAAUUCGGCGACGUAUGCAUGAAACAUAGCGGGUCAUCCUCAAAUUAACAUUUUUAUACUCUUUCAUAUGCGCCAAGUGUCUGUAAAAACAAAAGGCUUCGAGGAUUCACCGAGUGUACGAUAACGUGGAACCAUUUUUUCGAUUCAACCUUCAUCUACGAUUAGAACGCUGAAACGUGAAUUCCAUGUUUCUUGGGAACGAGAAAAAAGUUUUUAGAUUGCACCUAGUAUAAAGAUACGCAUAUUUUGUCUAUAUGAUAUACACUGAGGAAUCUUAAUGGUCUAAUAGAAAUUUAAGGGCGAUAGAAUGAUUUACCUCGUUUACAAUUUUGUACAAACUCCAUUUAGAUAGAUCAGUUUCUAAUACGACGAAUGUGUCUAAUUAUCCGUAACGAUAGUUUCUCGUAAUUAAUAAGGAUACAAAUGGUGUUCCUACUCUUAUCUGCGAUUGAAUGCACUUUUGUAUGAAGAAAGAAAUCCCUCCAUCUCUUAUAGUAUAUCGAGUCUUGAUAAAUCUGACAGGUGGACAUGGAAUUUACGUUUCCGCGUGUAAAUUACGCACAUUUUGUACUUUUAUAUUCGAGAAUCGGUAACUUAUUAAUCGUGUGUAAAGAGAACGAGAAAUUCAACCGAUGGUGCUAUGCCCUUUCGCUGAAAUCUUAGCUCAUAGCCGGAUGCACGAUGAACCAUACGAUCAUUGCUCGGUUUGCUCAACGAUCCAACAUUCCAUUUUGUAUUUUUUCAUAGAAAAGGGCACAGAAUCAUGAAACCGUAAAAAAUUAAGCAGGUGCCAAAGACUUCGAAAGGUCAGACGAAAAACUUAAUAAUUAAGUUCCCCGCUCUGCUGCAUUGAACGUCUUAAAGCAUUUAGAGAGAUUGCGAAUAGUUUUCUUACCAUUUCUCACACGCCCCAUCUUUAUACCUUUUAUACCCGUCGAAAGUAAAAGAAAAAUAGAGGAACAAGUUAAUACUUCGCUAUGAAAGGAGAAAAUAUUGCUGCCAUUUACAUCAUCCGCGUCGUAAUUCACAUUUGUAUGUCUAAAUAAUUAUCCGUCAGAUAUUCUAGAACUAAGAAACGUCGUUGUUGCAUACUUAAUUGCCAUUCCGAUUUUCUAUAGCCCACGUAACAAAUCGAAAGCCAUAUAAUAAGUUACAAUUAAUUUGCUGAUCUCUCAUAAUAUCAUGUGCAACAUCUUUUCCAUAAUAAACAGUAUAUAUGCAAUCCCCAUAUAAUUGAUACUAUCUUUGGUAAGAUGCGAUUUGAAGAAUUGUUUCAACUGCAACAAGAAGUUUCUUAGUGUUCAAUAUUGCGCUAUGACUGAUCGCUAAGUAAUUUUAUCAUGUAGUUACAUACCUUUGUAUCGACCUUAUACCUCUUACAUGUAUUUCACUUAUAAAAUCUUUUUAUCAAAGAUGUA